GCAGAAGCUCAGGAGGUAGAGGGGUAGAGCAGGUUGGUUGGUAACCGGAAUGUUGCUAGUUCGAUCCCCGGUUCCUCUUAGCUGGCUGUCGAGGGUUCCCUGGGGAAGACGCCUAACCCGGACUGUUCCUGACUCUUGGGCGGAGAGGCCCUGGCAUUACCCAGAGUGACGUGCCCAAACCACCCUGAUGCCUUGCUAGUGGAGGACUACAGAGCCGGGGACAUGAUCUGCCCCGAGUGCGGACUUGUUGUCGGCGACCGUGUGAUCGACGUGGGCUCAGAAUGGAGGACCUUCACCAAUGAGAAAGCCACCAAAGACCCGUCCAGAGUGGGAGACGCCCAGAACCCCCUGCUGAACGGAGGAGACCUCACCACCAUGAUCAGCAAGGGCACCGGCGCCGCCAGCUUCGACGAGUUUGGCAACUCCAAGUACCAGAACCGCCGCACCAUGAGCAGCUCGGACCGCGCCAUGCUGAACGCCUUCAAGGAGAUCACCACCAUGGCGGACCGCAUCAACCUGCCCAGGAACAUCAUCGACCGAACAAAUAACUUAUUCAAGCAAGUUUACGAACAGAAGAGCCUGAAAGGUCGUGCCAAUGACGCCAUCGCCUCGGCCUGCCUCUACAUCGCCUGCAGACAGGAAGGAGUCCCCAGGACAUUUAAAGAGAUCUGCGCCGUGUCCCGCAUCUCCAAGAAGGAGAUCGGCCGCUGCUUCAAGCUGAUCCUGAAGGCCCUGGAGACCAGCGUGGACCUCAUCACCACCGGGGACUUCAUGUCCCGCUUCUGCUCCAACCUGGGCCUGCCCAAGCACGUGCAGAUGGCCGCCACCUUCAUCGCCCGCAAGGCGGUGGAGCUGGACCUGGUGCCCGGCCGCAGCCCCAUCUCCGUGGCCGCCGCCGCCAUCUACAUGGCCUCCCAGGCCUCGGCCGAAAAGAAGACCCAGAAGGAGAUCGGGGACAUCGCCGGCGUGGCAGACGUGACGAUCCGGCAGUCCUACCGGCUGAUCUACCCCCGCGCCCCGGACCUCUUCCCCCCCGACUUCAAGUUCGACACACCCGUGGACAAGCUGCCUCAACUGUGAAGACCGCCGCGCUGCACACUCAGUGAAGACACUUUCUGCUGUAAUCCUAGGGUUAUAUUAUCUCUUUUUUAUCAUACUUUGUUGGAUUUGGAAAGAUUGUUUCCCUCCUCACUUAAGACUCCAAGCCUUUGUUUAGGCACUCUCGCAGGAAUACAAAGGACACACAUUCCAGUGCUUAAACAUACAGAUAGCAGACUGUGCAGACAGUGUUUCAUUUGAGUGUAUAUAGCUUGUAUAUAUGUCCAAGUCAAAACGUGUAAUAAGUGCUUUCACAAUUUUAGGCUGGUUUCAUACUAUAUACGAUUUUCUUUUUUUUGUAGAAAAAAAUAAUCUGGUUCUAUUUUGUUAGCUUGCAUUGUCCUCAGUAAAUUAAGAAAUAAGUUUUUCCGUAAAGCAUAGUUCACCUCAUGGUUUGAAAAAAAAGAUUAAACUCUGUUUACCAAAA